GAACUACAUAUCCCUCCGCCACUCAGCACCCUACGGCUAGUUUUCUUUCCAUCUCCGGGUUCCAGCUUCAAUCCAGCCUUUGGCGACCGAACCUGGCAGCGCUGCUUGCAAUUCUCAGUCCAUAAACCAGAAAUCUUCCACACUUGAGGAACUACGUUCUCCUAAUCCUAUUUUUUUCUUGUAACGAGUACCGGCCCGGCGGAAGGUUUAUGUGAAAUAACUUGAAAAGCGAAGAACGAUAUUUGAAAUAGAGCACGUGGUGCUAACUUAGCCAAUCGGGAGCGAUGUAAAAAACCCAAAUAAAUAAAAGGGUAGAGCCUUCUGUUGAAAGGAUGGAGCCCCGCCCCUCUCCUCCAUCCAGCCUUUGAUAGGCUGCUGCUUGAGGUUCUUCCCAGUCUUGCUGUGAGGAGCGAAGCUUGAGACCAUUCUGAGAUGAGAAGAUCCGCCUAUCACAUCGACUUUGUUUCCCAUUGGAUAAAAAGAAGGAGAGAGAGAGAAAAAAUAAGAAUGAGUACCGUGGAUUGGUGGGCGGAAAUGCCAGUUAGAGAACUCCAGGUUCCGGGUUUGUAGUCAGGCCGGUAAGAAGUCACAGGAACAGCUUCAGGAGCAUCAAAAACUCUGGGGAGGGAAGCGAUGAAGAGAGUCACCUUGUUUGUUAAUGGCAGCCCCAGAAAUGGAAAGGUUGUGGCUGUUUAUGGGACGCUGUCUGAUUUGCUCUCGGUCGCUAGUAGUAAGCUUGGAAUAAAAGCAACCAGUGUGUACAAUGGGAGAGGUGGGCUCAUUGACGACAUUGCUUUGAUUAGGGAUGAUGAUGUUCUUUUUGUAUGUGAAGGGGAACCGUUUAUUGAUCCAGAGACCGAUGUAAACCCUCCCGAAUCAUUAACAGGAUCUCACUCAGACUGGAUAACGCUCAAUGUUGGAGGAUGGUACUUCACAACUACCCGGAGCACUUUAGUUAGUAAAGAACCUGAUAGCAUGCUGGCUCGGAUGUUUAAAGAUAAAGAUGCCUGGGGGAACAAGCGGGAUUACCGGGGAGCCUUCUUAAUUGACCGUAGUCCCGAGUACUUCCAACCAAUUUUGAACUUCUUGCGUCAUGGACAGCUCAUUGUAAACGAUGGCAUCAAUUUGCUGGGAGUCUUAGAGGAAGCCAGAUUUUUUGGGAUUGACUCACUGAUAGAACAUCUGGAAGUAGCUAUUAAGAAUUCACAACCCGCCGAAGAUCAUUCUCCAAUCUCCCGAAAGGAAUUUGUCAGGUUCUUACUUGCAACCUCAACCAAGUCUGAGCUACGCUGUCAGGGUUUAAAUUUCAGUGGGGCAGAUCUGUCCCGUUUAGACCUCCGAUAUAUCAACUUCAAGAUGGCCAACUUGAGCCGAUGCAACCUGGCACACGCCAACCUGUGCUGUGCAAAUCUUGAACGAGCAGAUCUCUCCGGAUCAGUUCUAGAUUGUGCCAACCUGCAAGGAGUAAAGAUGCUUUGUUCUAAUGCAGAAGGAGCAUCGCUGAAAGGAUGCAAUUUUGAGGACCCCUCUGGUCUUAAAGCUAACCUUGAAGGUGCCAACUUGAAAGGCGUCGAUAUGGAAGGCAGUCAGAUGACUGGAAUUAACCUAAGAGUUGCAACUUUGAAAAACGCAAAGCUAAAAAACUGCAAUCUGAGAGGAGCAACUUUGGCAGGAACUGACUUAGAGAAUUGUGACCUGUCGGGUUGUGAUCUACAAGAAGCAAACCUGAGAGGAUCGAACGUGAAAGGGGCCAUUUUCGAAGAGAUGCUCACACCGUUGCACAUGUCUCAGAGCGUCAGAUAGGCUGACCAGAAGAAUGGGAGAUUCUUGCUGCAGAUUGUUCCACCCUUUAUCCUUAAUAAUGUAGGAGUGAUGAUUCUUCCACGGCUUGGAGUUUCUCAGCAGUUGACUAAGGAAUUGCCUCUGAUAGCACAGAUGUGGGAACUUCCUUUUCGUAGGCAUAAAAGUAAAUAUUGAACUGCAUCAGCAAAGUUAGAGGGCUUAGGAACCAGAGGUGUUGCUGUUUGCUCACUUUAGAAUGCAUUUUAGGAUUUCUUUUAAUUUAUAAAAGCACGAUAUAUGCAAUUUAUAUUUAUUGAACUUCUAGUUGCAGUAUGGUAAGUUCAAACAUAGUAGCAAAAACUGAGGUUUGCAGCAGGGCUUGUUUGUUUUUGCAUAGUAAAAUGUGAGCGUGGGAGGCAGUGUCAAAUGUGCCCACUUUCAGGUACCACUUUUGUAGAGCAAAAAUGGCUGCUAACUAGAUUUGUCACAUGUAACAUAACCUUCACUCCUAUGACCUUGGAUUCAAAUAUUCAGUGGUUUAAUAUAACCCAAAAGGGAAUGUUGCGGGUCUCAUCUUGCCCCCCAGCCCAUAAUGACGGCAGUGGCAAGAAUUGCCGUUUGAGCUGGACAUUCUACUCUCUACCAAUUGCCAAUAUCUGGCUUAAGAAGUCUGUUCUCAUUCAUUAAUCAGAAUUGGAUCCAGUAACAUACGAGAGACACUCAGUGUAGUAUUUUGAACAUUCUCUGCUGUUUAUUAUAGCACACUUUGAAGUGGGCAAUAUUCAGGGCAGAGGCCCAGUCACCUUCAGAUCCCUGAAGGUUUCUCCAUUAGGAACCUAGGAAUCUGCCCUAUGCUACGUCAUACCAUUAGGGAACUUUCUUGGCCUAGCAGGCCACAUCAUAAUCAAUCUCCACCCCUGCAGGCCAACUUUGACAAGGUGGGCAGGACAACCGACCUGUCAAUCGUCUGACAUCAUUAUGCCCAUGGGGAAGUCAGUCACAGCUGGCUUGAACUCGCCACCCAGCAGUUGAUGGGCAUCCUUGCUUUCUGGAGUGAUUGGCUGCAUGAUUGAGUUUUUCAUGGAGAAAUCUUGUUGCACAGCCAAUCCAGACAUGCCUCUUCCUGCCCCCCACCUGACAUCACAUAUAAUGUCAGGUGCAUGUGCCUUGAGGAAAAUGGCCUCACAGGCCAAACUGGGAUGCAUGCACCCACUUUGGCUUCAUGGGCGAGAGGUUCCCCACCUCUUAUCUACACUGACUAGCAUUAGCUCUCCAGGGUUUCAGACAAGGGCCUCUCCUAGCUCUGGAUGCCAAGGAUGAAACCUGUUACCUUUUGUAUGUUUAAAGCAUGUCCUCUGUCACUCAUCCAGUGCAGCAGUGGUGACAAAUGUGUGGCUGCUUCACAUGUUAUGGGGCAAAGAUACUUACAUUUGUCCCUGUUCACAUGUUACAGCUGGCUAGUUGUGUCUCGACAGCUGUAACAGGCCGGUACUGUUGCAGAUUUUCACCACUGUGGAGUUAACGUCUUGCAUUUCUGUCUGGCCCAUCCUGACCUUUCCUUUCUGCUUUUCCUGGCUAAAAUGAAAAGUUGGAUUUCAUGCCACUUGGGGAAACUUAGCUGCAUAUGCUCAAGUGAUUCUGGUUGUUGCUAAGAUCUCUCUUAGAGAUCAGAAAUAGCCCAGCCUCAAAUACCUCUUGCCAAAAAUGCUGGGGAAGACAAGUCCAGGAGUUUGAACAGCAUAAAGCUUUCUCUGGGCAAACGAGAGAAAACAGUAAAGGGAAAUCUAUAAACACCACCACCCCCCGGCAACAGAAUCCCUCCCAGUUACUUUUUCCCUGUUCUCCACUCCCCAAGAACUUUUUUGUAUGUGACUGUAGCAGGCGGAAGAAGGAACAACAGGAAAACUAGUUAAGAAGUAUAGCAGGGCAACAAGCUCACUAUUUCAUUUAAUGCAGGGAUGGGCAACCUGUGGCCCUCCAACUGUCAUCAGCCCCAAUCUGUUUGGGCAAUGGUCAAGAAUGAUGGAGUCUGGCAACACCUGGAAAGCCGCAGGUCCCCCAUCCUUGAUUUAAUUGAAUGCAGGCAAAUAUUUUGGGCAGCCUUUACAUUCACAUUUCCCCCCCGUUGCAACUGGAGUGAGGCGCCCAGGUUUUUGUCCUACUUGUAUAUGUAUUCUUGGUCUGCACCAAUGCUCCUUCUAGAGCCUCCUCCUUCAGGCGAGGCCCAGGCCCCGAGCGCGAGCUGUUGCAGUAGCCGCCCAACAUAAACCAGCAACAGCAGUGGCAGCAGAAGCCCGGGGAGCAGCCGCUGAGCAAGCCCGAGGAUGUGGAGAUGGAAGCCUAUCUGGACCCUGGGAGAAGGCACUGCUACCAAGGAACCUGUUACAGCCUUCUUUGAAGGAUAUGGACUGUUACACAGUGAUGGGGCUUCAUUGUAUACAGGAAUACCCCGCUAUACGGACCUUCAUUUAACAUACACUCACUUUUACGGACAUACUCCGUACUCCACCAUGCCCGUUUAUGUACGCUUGCUUCACACUUAUGGACACUUAACGGUGCAUGGGGGUGGAAAUAGACGCGAUCGUGCCACCGCAAAUCAGCUGCGAGGUGCAAUUGCAAUCAGCUGAGAGGCACGCAGCAGCAGAGGCUUUAGCGUGGGCUUUGAGGCUCUGCAUGAAGGAGAGGUAAAAAAAGUUUUAAAAGGUAGUGCUUCACUUUAAGGACAUUUUAGGUUUACGUACUCUCUCUGGUCCCAUUGAGUACGUUAAUGCGAGGUAUUCCUGUAUAUAUUUUUUCUUUCUGUCUUUUUCUCUCUCUUGCAAACUAGAUUGAUUUGAGAUUUUGGCUUGUUUUGUGUUAUUUUGUGGUGUUAUUUAUUAAUACUGUUAUAGUUUUUUCUAUUAUGUUCUGAAUUGUUUUUAUUACAUUGUUUUGUUCUUGCUAUGGAAGCAACUUUGAGGUCACCUGGUGAUGAAAAGCGGCAUACAAAUAUACUAAAUAAAUAAUGAAAUAGAGUGGGGUAGCAUCAUGGCACCUUCCUGAUGUUUUGGACUACAGUUCCAUCAUUCCUGACCAUUGGCUGGGGCUGAUGGGGGAAUGGGAAUUCAUAACAGCUGGAGGGCAACAUGUUGGCUAUCCCUAUUUUAGAGGAACAGUAAGCAGCAGUUAGGUAUGCAGACCAUAACCUAUGCAACAAUCCAGUUGAUUUAUGAAGGUGGGAAGCUAAUGGAUCUUCCUUUUGGGGUGACCAGAAGAAUAGCUGUGGUUAAACAGGGAUAGGAACUGCCAUUGCAAAAGCCCUUCUCCCUCCUUGUUGCCCAAGGUCUGCCUUCACCAACCUGGUGGCCUUCAGAUGAGCUGAUGGGGUUGUAGUCCAAACAUCUGGAAGGCAGCAGGUUGGCAGAGUGUCCUUAUAGCGAACCGUGUGUCCACGUUUUUUGGCUCAGUGCUAGUUUAUGCUGCUCAUUCUUUACACCAGCGUAACCUUAUCACAAUGAGACAUUUUCCACUGUCAUGCCAAUACAUUACCUUUCUGUGUGUGUGUCUUUAUGUUUCUGUACCUACAAUCAAAACAAGCACAUGUAGAAACUUUCAAUACCAAAUAAAGCUGGGUGCCAGCAAAAAUGCAUACCUCAGAUGCUGACUUUCACACAGCUCAGAAAGCAAAGGAGUGGGCACUGCCAGAACGAGGUAGUGAUCACCGACACCUCCCCCACCAAAAAGAAAAUCUUAGUAAGAUUGUAAAGCUGUGUAUGCUACCUCAGCUUUAGGGAAUAACCAAUGGGACCUGCAACACAAUGUUGCAGUGUGGAUUGCUUGUAUUUGGGUUUCCCGAUGAGCCGUUCCAUUUGCUCUCCCAACAAUCAACCGCCACUCCAUGCACACUGAACACUCUCGGUCCUCGUUGGGCAGUGUUUGCCCCUCCACGAAAGAUUUUUGUAUUUCUACUAAUCUGUGGGUUUUCCCAAGUCCGGUGAUACCUCACUCUUGUGCUUGGGUGGUGCUGUUUUCGUACAUCAGCACUCAUGCAUGAGCAUAGGUAAGAGAAGGAAUAAUAGAUCCAAAUUAUCACAUGCAUUUCUGCCCCUUUAGCUAGCAUGUAUAUAAUGAACGCAGGGUGGUAGUAAGCCCACUUUACAUGUAACUAUCCAUUUCGCGAUGGAUACAUGCACUCCUACAUGCAAUCCAAAUGCCUACAUGUCUCUUAUAUGCACGCAUUGGGAAGCAGCCAAGCUUGUCUUGUCACAAGUGAGAAAAUACAUGCUGUUUUCUGAUAAAGGAAAGUGAGUGUCCUGGUAGGAGAUCAGCAUAUCUGAAGAAUCUGCAAUAAGUAUACUUUAUUGUAUCUGAAAAAGCAAAGUUCUACCCCAGCAAACAGAUUCUCACAUUACCUCUGGUUUUAAUGAUGAAACUGGUUUCUCAGAUGCAAUUUGGGAGUUGAGUUUCUCCUUAAUGUGGGAAACUGAACUUCAUGCUGUAAGUGCAAUGGAAUCUUUGGCCUUCAUAGUUUUUAAAAUUAAUUUCCUUCCACUGUUUGCAAAUAAAAUAAUCAUUUUUGGCUGUUCCACAUUGCUGCAAUUUCAACUUUAGUACAAUAUUUGCUUUGUUUUAGUGCCAGCCUUAACCAAGCAAGCAGGAACAUUAUUCACUCGCCUUUACAAGGUAUGAUUGUGAGUGGAGUCCAAGUACAUUGAUUGCGUGUGGGGGGAGAGUACCCAGAAAUUCUACUUUAGAAACAUCAAGCAAUCUUCUGGCUUCCAGGAUUUAGAACUGGGGUGGAGAACCUCUGGCCUUCCAGGUUUUUUUGGGCUAGAGCUCCCAUCAUCCCUGAGUAUUGGCCUUACUGUCUGAGGCUGAUGGGAGUUGGAGUUCAGCAACCUGUGAAGGGGCCACAGGUUCCCCACCAUGAUUUACAAUACUGAAAAACGCCAUGGGUGAUUUCAACAAAUCAUUAGUACAGAGGUGGAGGUGAGAGCUACAUUAUAAAAGGUGCUGCUUCCUUUGGGAUACCAAACCAACCUCUCACAAUUACUUUAACAUGGUUUGAAGAAAUCAGUGUAGCUACUUUUUUUUCCUUUUGGUUUAUCGCAUUUGUAUCGGACAGUAGUAAGAUGUUAUAUUGGAGAACUCUAUUUUUUAAUCUUUGUGUAUAAAUGCUACUCGUUUCACUGAAGUAUUUCUUGAGUGAUUGCAGCACUGUUCCCUUGCACAGAAG